CCCGGCUCGUACGGCUCCACAUGAUUGCCAUACCAUAAAAACACCCCGCUGUUAGGCAGACUUUUUUUCCAGCGCUUUAAACUAAAUUUGGUCCUCUUUUUUUUCUAGGGCCGCCAGAAAAUUUCACGCUUUGUACUGAAACAUGGAGAAAUCUCCACUUCUUGACGAGCCGGUAGAGACCGGGCCAGAAACCAGCUGGCGAUCGCUUCUUUCCAGCACCAUAGCCAAACCGCUUCAAUGCAUAUCUUCCAUUUCGCUAGGGGAUGGAAGCACGCACUCUUCAUUUCAGUCUGGCCUAGACGCAGACUCGAGAAUCGAGGCCCUCAUUGCACUGGAGCAACCCCUGGACUCAGAGCCACUUCCACAAUUACCUUUUUCGGAUUGCACGGUGAAAAGCUCGCUCACGGUAGAGAAAAAGCUCUUGAAAAUCCGGCAGUUAAUGAAGGUCCACGGCGUGGCUGUAUACAUUGUGCCCAGCGAAGACGAGCACCAGUCAGAAGAGACAGCUUUGGCCGAUAAAAGACGCGAGUUUUUGUCUGGCUUCACGGGCUCUGCUGGGCUUUGUGUCGUCACGCUUGAUAGCGACACGAACCUCGAGGGCGAGGCCGCCUUGUCCACCGAUGGCCGGUACUUUUUACAGGCAGAAAAGCAGCUCGACUCGCGCUUCUGGCGCUUGCUCAAACAGGGCGUGAGAGGGCACCCCUCCUGGCAGGAAUUUGCGUUGUCAAAGGCCGCCGCAAGCAAGUUUUCCUCUGUUAUCUCAUGUGACCCCAAGCUCUUGAGCUUCGAAAUGGGCGAGUACCUCAUGCUGGCUCUGGCUGAGAGGGGCGUCAAGUUCAAGCCCAUUCUAGACUUGAAUUUUGUCGACGCGGUGUGGGGCACGGACAAGCCGGCCCGGUCUUUGGAGCCCGUCUAUCUGUUGCCCCUUGAAUAUUCGGGUGAAGAAAGCACCAGGAAAAUAGCUAGGAUCCGCAACCAGAUGCACGGUCUUGGCGCCUCUCACUUGGUGAUCUCUGCUUUGGACGACAUUGGCUGGUUGCUCAACUUGAGGGCGGACGAGGACAUUCCGUUCUCUCCGUUUUUCUUCAGCUACUUGAUUUUGACCCACGACUACGUGUGGCUCUACGCCAAUGAAGUAAAGUUGGCCAAUGUAGAGCAACACUUAGCAGAGAUCAGUGGCCUAGUUGUCAAGAAGUAUAACUUCUUCUACCCGGACUUGACCACCUUAAGAGCCACCGUCAAACACCCAAACAUCAAGAUCAUCCUUCCUGACAAAGGUGCAUGCAACUACGCUUUGCUCGACUCGAUCCCCAACUCUCUGGCCAAGCGCUCAAUUAUACAUCUGUCCAUUGUGUCUGUCACAAAACUUUUCAAGAACCCCACUGAAUUGCACAAUGCUAAUGUAGCGCACUCGAGGGACUCGCUUGCAUUCAUUGUCUUUUCAGCAUGGUUGGAAAAUCAGCUAGUUCACAGGCGCAAGAAGGUGCUGGAGUACGAGGCAGCCCAGAAAAUCUACGCCAUUCGCUCUCAGUUUCCUAACUUCAAGGGCUUGUCGUACGAAACCAUCUCUUCCACGGGAGCCAACGCGGCCAUUAUCCACUAUGCCCCUACGAAGAAAGAAAACUCCGUCAUCGAUCCCAAAAAACCAUAUCUCUUGGACUCAGGAGCACAUUAUCUCGAGGGAACCACAGACAUCACGCGCACAUACAAAUUUGGUGACGCCGGGUUGACUGACGACUACAAAAAAUACUACACCUUGGUGUUGAAAGGCCAUUUGGCAGUUGCCAUGGCAAAAUUUCCUGCUGGCUCAAGAACAACCGGGACGGUGCUAGACGCGUACGCUAGGCAACCGCUUUGGAAUGAGGGCUUGGAUUUCAACCAUGGGACAGGGCACGGUGUGGGAAGUUUUGGAAAUGUGCAUGAGGGCCCAUUAUAUAUCCUGACAACUUCUGGAGGCGUGAGUACCGCUGAUUACUUUAAGAAGGGUGCAAUAGUAAGUGACGAGCCGGGGUUCUAUAUCGAUGGGGAAUGUGGGUUCCGUAUUGAAAGUGAGCUUGCAGUCAUCGAAUGCAGCCCAGCCUUUGGAAAGACACGCAGCGGGGGGAAAUAUCUUGGUUUUCAAUACUUAACCAAAGUCCCCUUUUGUUUGAAGCUCAUUGACAAGAGAUUCUUGACCCCAAUUGAAAUCAAGUGGAUCAAUGAUUUCAAUGCCAGCUUGAGAGAAGAGUUCGGCUCGAAAUUAUUGAAAAUGGGUGACAAGAGGGCUUAUGGAUGGUUGCUAAAAGAGACACACCCCAUAUAAAUCAGAGUAGAGUGUUUUGACUGUGUAUUAAUACAUGUGAAGAAUUGAAAAAAAUCGA